CCCAGCCCCGUCGGAGGCGGCCCCGCCGCCGCCGGGAGUCACGGGGCGGGCAGGCGGGCUGCUGCCAUGGAGCUGCCCGCCGUCAACCUCAAGGCCAUCAUUCUGGUACACUGGCUGCUCACAGUGUGGGGAUGCAUGAGUUACAUGUUUCCAGCCUCCUAUGCCUGGGGAAAUUUCAGUGUCCUUGCAGUGGGGAUCUGGGCCAUUGUGCAGCGUGAUUCCCUUGAUGCCAUCAUCAUGUUCCUGACUGGUCUGCUGCUCACAGUCCUCACAGACAUCAUUCACAUCUCGGUGUUCUACCCUCCAAACAACAGUCUCACCGAUGACAGACGUUUCAGUGUAGGCAUGGCCAUCUUCAGCCUCCUCCUCAAACCUGCAUCCUGCUACUUGGUGUAUCGGAUGUAUCGGGAGCGUGGAGGGGAAUACACCUUCAACAUCGACCUGGAGUCCUCAGCUGACAGCCAUUUUGCCCACAAUGGUGUCUCCCAUGCAGGCCGGGAUCGCAGCGCCUAUGAGCCAAUUGAUCAGCAGGAUGCCCCUCCACAGUGGCCUGACUCAAGCAAGACAGCCCCACAGCCCUACUGAGACCCCGUCUGCAACUGGGAAUGGAUGCUCCCCUUGCCUGGUCCUGCAUUCCACUCUUCCCACAUCCCUUCUGAUAGAGCAAGACCUCCUACUGAGAAAACAGGAGAGGAACUGAUUUUCCAUUUGUUUUCCCUCCCUGAAACUUAGGCAGAUGGGUUCCUGCAGUUAAGUCCAGAAGAUCUCAGAUGUCUUGUUAAGCACUGUGACUCUUUGUAAUUCCAGUAUUGUCCUUUCCUCUGUCCUCCUAAAUCCUGCCUCUUUACGUGUGAGUGGAUGCCCCUUCUGCAGUCAUAACAAUUCUUGUAUUGUGCAUUCUCUCUAUUUUAAAUAAGGGAACCACUCAAAAUAUUCUUUGACAAGCUACCUUAAAAAGCCGUAUGGACUGCCUUUAAACAAAACCUUUUAACCUCCUUCCAUGCAUAUACAUUUCCAGGAAACAUCUGGGAGUUCCUGAGAGCUGGUUUUGAUGGUAUUAUUUAACUAAGAUGUAUGAGCAUAAGUCCCUGUGCUAGCUGUGGUGGUUUGCACAAAGCUGGGUUUGGUAUAAAAUGCUCUUACUGGGCCAGGGAGCUGCUUUUGCUCCUAGUAUGAUCCUAGUCUUGUGUUUUAUUCACUGAUGCUUUUAUGCAAGUUGAAUGUCCUUCAGGAUAUUUAAAAUGGCUGUUGAAUGUUCUGUGCCUUUAAAUGUCCUUUUGCUUUCAGCUGCCUAUCUUAACAGAACUUGAAAUGUUACAUUUUUCUAAGAAAACUAUAAAAUUAACGCAGUUUUUCUGUGUUGGAAAAAGUUA